AGAGCGGCGGCGACGGCCCUGGCGCUGGGCGCAGGAGGCCGGGGCUGCUCCUCGGCGGCCAGCGCCGCUGCGGCUCGGGGCUACAGGACGGCGGAGGAGGCGCCUUCUGAGCUCCGGAAGGUGCUGCCGAGGGGCAGCGAAGGGCCCUGGGGCCGUGCAGGCGCCGAGGUCCGGGCGGGCCUUCGGUCCUGACAGCCCGGUGCCAGGAUGCCCCACAAGAUUGGCUUCGUCGUCGUCAGCUCCUCUGGACAUGAAGACGGCUUCAGCGCCCGGGAGCUAAUGAUCCACGCGCCAACCGUCAGCGGGUGGAGGUCACCGAGGUUUUGCCAGUUUCCACAAGAAAUCGUUGUUCAGAUGGUGGAGAGGUGUCGGGUCAGGAAGCUGCAGCUGCUCGCCCACCAGUACAUGAUCGCCAGCAAGGUGGAGUUCUACAUCAGCGAGAGCCUGCCGGAGUACUUCGUGCCCUACCAGGCCGAGCGGUUCCGGAGACUCGGCUACGUCUCGCUCUGUGACAACGAGAAGACGGGCUGCAAAGCCCGGGAGCUGAAGUCCGUCUACGUGGAUGCGGUAGGACAGUUCCUGAAGCUGAUUUUUCACGAGAACCAUGUCAACAAGUACAACAUAUACAACCAGGUCGCUCUGGUUGCGGUGAAUAUCAUCGGAGACCCUGUGGAGUUUGGUGAUGAAAGCAACAUUUCCUCUAGAGAGAAGCUGAUUGACCAUUACCUGGGGCACAACAGUGAGGACCCAGCUCUGGAAGGAACUUGUACUGGGAAAUCUGACGAUAUUUCUCCGCUAGACGACUUAGCUUUUGACAUGUAUCAAGAUCCAGAAGUAGCCCAGAUCAUACGGAAAUUAGACGAGAGGAAACGUGAAGCUGUCCAAAAGGAGCGUUACGACUAUGCCAAGAGGCUAAAACAAGCUAUUGCUGAUUUGCAAAAGGUCGGGGAGCGGCUUGGGCGGUUCGAGGUGGAGAAGCGCUGUGCGGUGGAGAGGGAGGACUACGACCUGGCCAAGGAGAAGAAGCUGCAGAUGGAGGGGUUCCGCAGCCGGGUGUACGAGCAGCUGCAGCGGCACAGCCUCGUGGACACCGAGCCGAUGCGAAGGGCUUCUGACCUGCCCCUCCACCCCCUGGCUCACUCCACCAGUCCUCGCCACCCACAGCCAGUGCCAUCUCUACUGCAAGAAGAAAGUGCACCAGAAAGCCGGUUUGCAGAGCCUUGCCUUCAGGACAAGCCUCCAGCGCAUCCCCGGGGCCCUUCUCAGCACUCUGCAGUGGACCUCACACCGCCCGCCGCAGACCCCCAUCUCAAGACCCACCUCCCGUCUGUGCCCUACGAUGAGCGGCCCCUUCCUGCCUCGCGGAAGCAGCCGGCAGCGGCCGCCCUGGAACCAGAAAAGAGUGACACUGAUACCAGCGAGGCUCCCAGAGGAGGAGCCGCUGGAGAGCCGGAGCCCUUGACCGAGAAGGCCCUGAGGGAGGCCGGCCCCGCCGUGGAUGUGCUGGGAGAAAGCCUGGUCGCAGGGGCCUACUCCAGGACGUGGUCAUACCGGGAGGACGCCUUGCUCGCCCUGUACAAGCGGCUGACGGAGAUGCCCGCUGGGGCCCCGAAGGAGGAGCUGAAGAGCACACUGCGCGCCUCGGUCUUCCUCGUGAGAAGGGCCCUCAGGGACAUAGUGACCCCGGUUUUUCAGGCUUCUUUAAAAUUGUUGAAAAUGAUGAUUACGCAGUACAUUCCUAAGCACAAACUGAGUAAGCUUGAAACCGCUCACUGUGUGGAAAGAACCAUCCCCGUCCUGCUCCCCAGGACUGGAGACUCCUCGGCUCGCCUCCGAGUCGUUGCCUCGAAUUUUAUUCAGGAAAUGGCCUUGUUCAAGGAAGUCAAGUCUCUCCAGAUUAUCCCGUCGUACUUGGUGCAGCCGUUAAAAGCCAACACUUCGAACCACCUGGCCAUGAGCCAGAUAGGCCUCCUGGCCCGGCUUCUGAAAGACCUGGGCACCGGGGGCUCGGGCUUCUCCAUCGACAACGUGAUGAAGUUUUCAGUGAGCGCCCUGGAGCACAGAGUGUAUGAGGUCCGCGAGGCCGCGGUUGGAGUCGUUUUGGACAUGUAUAAGCAGCACCGGGCUCUUAUUCUGGAGUACCUCCCUCCGGAUGACAACACCACGCGCAAGAAUGUUCUCUAUAAAACAAUUUUUGAGGGAUUUGCUAAAAUCGAUGGCAGACCUACAGAUGCUGAAAUUAGGGCACAGAAGAAAGCAGCUACAGAAGAAGCCGAAAAACGAAAGAAAGAAGAGAUUAAAGCUUUGCAAGGGCAGUUGGCCGCGCUCAAGGACACUGAGGCCGAAGCCCAGGGGAAAGGAGCGCCCCCGGUGGAGGCGGACAGUCAGGACACACAAGGAGGGAAAGCAGCACCUCCGCCGGCUCCAGAAGGCCCAGAUCAUCACUACUUGGAUAACCUGUGCAUCUUCUGUGGGGAGAGGAGCGAGGCCUUCACAGAGGAGGGGCUGGACCUGCACUACUGGAAGCACUGUCUCAUGCUGACAAGGUGCGCCCACUGCAAACAGGUGGUGGAGAUCUCCGGCCUGACGGAGCACUUGCUGACGGAGUGCGACAGGAAAGACGGGUUUGGGAAGUGUUACCGCUGCAGUGAGGCCGUGCUGAAGGAAGAGCUGCCCAGACACAUAAAAACGAAAGAGUGUAACCCUGCCAAACCAGAGAAGCUGGCAAACCGGUGUCCGCUGUGCCAUGAGAACUUCUCCCCGGGAGAGGAGGCGUGGAAAGCUCACCUCAUGGGCCCGGCGGGCUGCACGAUGAACCUGCGUAAGACCCACGUGCUGCACAGGGCACCCGCUCUGCCGCCAGCAGGCAAAGGCCCAGCCGUGGCCAAGUCAGGGACCUCGGGAUCAAAGGUCGGAAGCAAGAUCCCUACCCCAAAGGGACUGAACAAAAGCUCCGGGAGGACGUACACGAAGCGGUGACAUGAUGCGCGUCUCCUCUGUCCCCGCGAGGAGCGGAGCAAGUUUCCUGACUGUGAACCAUUUCUGCUAAAAUCCGCCCUUGGAUAUGGAGAACCGUCCCC